GGCAGGGCGGAAGCGGCCGCCGUGUUUACAAUCCGCGCUGGGGCCGGGACGCGCCGGGCCGGGCCGCGGGCACCGGCCAGCACCCCUCGCCCAUGUGCCCACAGCCCCCGCCGCCCAUGGAAGUGAUGGAGGGCCCCCUCAACCUGGCUCACCAGCAAAGCAGAAAAGCAGACCGCUUGUUGGCAGCAGGGGAAUAUGAAGAAGCGAUUUCUUGUCACAGAAAAGCUGCUGGGUAUCUUACAGAUGCGAUGAAGCUGACCCAGUCGGAGCAGGCUCAGCUAUCACUGGAAUUACAAAGGGAUAGUCAUAUGAAACAGUUACUGCUCAUCCAGGAGAGAUGGAAGAGGGCAAAGAGGGAGGAAAAGCUGAAAGCCCAGCAGAGUGCUGACAAGGAAGUAGCCGCACAUCUUCAGACUUCUUACAAGCCAUCUGCUGAAGACUCUGAUGAUCAAAAUGUACUGGUUCCUGUUGCUCAGAAAUACAGCUCUUCCACAGAGAAACAUUCACAGGAUAUUCAGGGUGUCUUUGACAGGGACCCAGAUACACUUUUAUUUCUGCUUCAGAAAAAAAAGGAGCCAGUAGAAGCAUGUAUUGGGAGUAAAGCACCAAAAGAUGACAAAACAAUAAUAGAAGAGCAGGCAACCAAAAUUGCAGAUUUGAAGCAGCUUAUAGAAUCUCUUGUAUCUGAAAAUGAGAGAUUAAGGAGAGAGAAUAAGCAGUUAAAAGCAGAAAGAGCUAGACUCCAAAAAUCUCCAGUAGACAGGGAGUUGGAUGUAGACACUGACUUUGUUGAGAAGUCAGAGUUGUGGGGUCUGCAGCAGAACUCAGAAUCUGCUUCUUCAGCUGCAACUUGGCAGAAGUUUGCAACAACUGCUGGGAAGGCAAAGGACAUUCCAAUACCCAACCUUCCCCCCCUGGACAUCCCAUCCCCUGAACUCCCAAUGCUGGAACUCUCUGAUGAUAUACUGAAAGGACUGAUGAAUAGUUAAAAACCAGGAAAAGUGCUCAGUGUAGUUAAACCAGAUUUGAGAAAAGGGAAAGCCACCAGGACAGUGGUGGUCUGAGGGUGGAAACAAUGCUACUGUCAGAGAACAGGCAUUAAGCAACUUUGUUACUGUGAAAUACACAUCAUAUCUGAUUUACUUCAUGGAAGUUAAAGGUACCAUAAUUGGUAUAAGAGAGCGAGCUUACUCCCAAUGUUUCAAACCAAACAACUGCCUGGAGAAUGUUUCAAGUAACACAAUCCUUUAGGGUUUUUAAGUAUGCUAUAUGUAAUAGUUAUCUAUAAUGCCAUAAAUGAUGGUGCAGAACCUAACUGUUAUGGUAGCCAGUUGGCUGCCAUUUAAUAUUGAAAAAUGCUUUCUAGCAUGAAUUUAAACUGUGCAUUUCAUUAUGCAUAACUGUUAAUUCAGACACAGUGUAAUUUAUACACCUCCUAGAUGGAUUUAUGUGCCACACUCUAUAUUCCUGACCAUGUUAACCUCAAGUUGAAGAGAUUUUAAUUUCCAUUCUACGAAGGAACCAACUUAUUUGUUCUGUUGAUGAGGGGUUUUUGCGGGGGGUUAUCUGUUUACAUAACUAAUCAGGGUGAAGUGAAUCUAGCUAUUGGUUUCUGUAUAAAGUGACAUGGUUUAAAAUGAAAAAUCUAUACUUAAGGUAAAAUACCCUUUUUGUUUUCAGUGAUGCAUGAAUGGAAGUAAUUAUAGCUGACAGUAUUUGAUUGAAAAAUAUAUUGUUUACAGCUUAACCUGAUUCAAAAAGGAUAGGAAAAUAAAAACCAAGGUAUUUUGACACUGUCUGUUACAUCUGUACAAAUGUGGCCAAGUACAAAGAAGAAAUUACUACUUGUACUAAGUGUGAGGAUACACCUACAGAUGAGCUUCCAUGUUCAUCAUCGAGCAACUUCAAGAAAGCUGUGAUGAAUUCAGAGGGCCUUGCCUACCUGUGAAGUGACCUGGCUGACAGCCAGGUUCCAGAACUGCAGAGCGCUGGAGCGUCAGCGGAACAGCUCCAUGGAUUUGCUGGGGCACAGCCCAGCAGGAGCCAUAGGAACAGUGCUGAGGGUGCUGUGUCUAAGCAGCAUUGUGUGGAUCCCCUGAGGAUGCUGGGUCUGAGCAGGGCCAUGCAGGCUCCUCACACUUGUCCCUUCCAGCAUGGCUCAGCCCCUGCCCUGAAGCCCAGCUGGGGCUCCCAAGGGGUGUUCCACUGUGUAGUGGAGGCAUUAAUUACAUUCUGCUGUUACUGAUUAGUGAAGUGUUCAGUAUUGCAAGCUAUGUCAUUUAAAGUUAUUCUGCUGUUAAAAGGUAAGCUUGCUUUCUAAGAGUGCAUUUUUCUUCCAGAAUAGACUUGGAAGUGCAGCAAGAACACCCUACUGCUGUGCAAAUUCUCCCCUUACGUGUGUAUACCUGGCUUCUUCUGUGCUUGAAGGAGCAUAUGGGCUGGAGGUUAGAAAAAGUCUAUAGAAAGAGAGGUAAGACAGGUUCAUUAGAAGAGGUGCCUUAUGCUGAACUGUAGCUGGAAUCUAAUCUUGCUGGGGAAAUAAAAAAGUUAUUUUUCAGCUGGAGCAGUUUAGCAAAUAGCCCCAUUCAGCUGUGAUGAGGUAACCUGUUCCAGGUCAGGCCAAGCUCACUGCUCCUACCAAAGGGCAAGUCCCAGUCUCUGCUGGCCCCUGCCUGGCUGACUAUUCCAGGUAACAAGGCAGAGGAGCACAGUGUUUCUAGUCAUUUAAGUAAAGCAAAGAAAAUAGCAUGUGCUCACAAGAUGGAAAUAAAAUUAUUUAAGCACCUACCUCAUGCCAGUAGUGGGGUGGUAGCUCAGGGUUGUUAGCUACAAGACAGACAUGGUGGUGGCGUCUGAAAAUGGCAGCUAUAGGAAAAGGAAGCAAUGUUUAGGUCUGUUGAAGAAUCUGAAGAAGAUUCCUCAAAGGUUGGAACAUGGGAAUUGCAAGCUCUACCUUCUUGAUUUGAAGUCUAAACUGUCCCUUGAUGUGUAGCUGCGUAAACAAAACACCAGAUCUGAAAGAAGAUGCUUCUCUGUGGGAAGGGAUGGCCAAGUAGGGGCAAAACUCCAUACUGCCACUUUUGAAAGUGGUGUUCAAACUUCUCUCUCUCCUGCAAUGCAAAUGUUUGUUCUUGCAGUCUGCCUACUCAACACAUGCUGCUGAAUCCCAGCUCCAGGCAGUAAGGCGUGUUCCACUAUCAUGAGUAAUGCUGAAUUUUUUUAAGUAAGGAUUUCUUCGGUCUGAAUCUAGAGUUAAGCAAUUACUGCAUUGGAAGAAAGGUAGGUUGUACCAAGAAUACUCACCACUAGAGGACAGGUUUUACAGAAUCAUAGCAAUAAACCUAAGGAAAUCCUUCUCCCAUGGCUGUCAGCAAUUAAUUUGUGUCAUAUCAAUUCAAAACUCUGUUAAGUUACUGAACUUCCAAACGGGUGUGGCCAGGCAUGGUUUCGCAGUGCACCAGCAGGCAUCUGGUGUCUGGCUGGAUCGUGCUCUGCUCGCUGCAGCCUUUGGCUGCCGCCAGCCGCUAACUGGUGGGAGCCUGGCACCCAGCUUGGGCCCUGCUGAGCCACGGAGACCUCUUCCCUGUAUGACCAUGCCCUCACUUUUUUCAUCACCAAACUGAUGGGCUCAAUGUCCAGGCCUGGAGAGAGUAAAGGAAGAGGUGUGGUGCAGGAUUGCAGAACCAGUGUUCAGAGAGCUUUAGCAGCAACAACAAAGCACUAAGUCACUGGCUGUCACACGGCGCAUCACCAAAGCCAGCACAGCACACAGAAACAUUCCCAGAGGUGGUGAGUCUGGGCUACAUUGCUUUAUAAUGGACAGAAUUAAAGAAUCCUGUGGUCCAUUAUUUCUCACUGUGUCUCACUAAGAACCAAUUUUAAAUACACAUCUAGACACUGAGUUCUAUUCAUAGAUUUUGCUUUAACCACAGAAACCACUGUUGUCUUGGCACACGGAAAUACUGGCCGUGUUGAAUACUGCCAGCAUAGGCUAUGCUGAAAGAAACUGCAGUUAUCCAAUCUGGCUGUAUCACCACAGAAAGAGAAACCAAAGAAAGGGAAGCAGUGCGGAAUCCCUUGAGAAUAAAAUGUGCAGAGUUCACUAUUACCAGUUGCUACUUAAAAUGAUGGCUAAAACCAAAAUACAGAAAUGUUGGUUUUACAUUUUGCUUUUAUUAAAAGGGGAAAAAAGGGAUUUUGUGACUGCUUACUCUGAGAGCAUCUCCAUGUUCAGGAACUCUGGUAGUGAACUUACUCCUAUUGUUCUCUCAGCAGCAGCUCUUCAGCCAUCUGCAGUUCCUGGUGACCUGCUUUCAGUGACAGGAACUACACCUCAUCUAGACUCCCUUUCCCACAAAAGGUUGGAUCUUUUGAGAGCCCUUCCAACCCAGCUCUGUACAUGAAGACAAACAAAUGGCUAACAUCAUGACUCCUGAGGUGUGAUCUUUCGAAGGACAGGAAAGGAAAAGGAAGGAGGAGUUUCACAGAGAGCGAAGCAAAGAGCUGAGCUAAAAGGAGAGGAGAAAACAAACUUUUCCAAAGCAAUCAGAGCAGCAGCUGCCACAGGCCAGGUACAGGCUGGACAUUAUUUGCCACACCUUCCUGCCCAAGGAUGAGGACUGUGGAGUUCAAUUGUAUAAAAAGUUCACUGUUCCCUAAAGAAUCAAGAGGCCACCUCCACCUCCUUUCUCUCUCGUUUGUUUUACCAGAAGUAACUUCGACUUGCUCAGGGCUUUUGUCUUCUAAUCAUUUGAAGUGUUCCCGCAGGCCCAUUUGCUGCAGGACUUAAGGUAUUAUUGAGAUCAAACAAUAUAAAAUCCUUAGAGCUGUGAAAAUACAGGAUUUCCUGCUUCAGAGCUAGUAAACCCUACUCUCUAUUUUUGCUAAGGCAGCGCAGACCCAGGGACUGGAAAAAGAAACAGGCACCUGGGACAAGAAUAUAUAGCCCUGGUAUGGUUGGAAGGUACAAGAAAUGUUCACUUUGAAACGUAACAGCAAAAAUCCCUGAGUCUCCCACCUGCAUUUUGAAAGACCCAUGUUUAAAAUGGAACUGUUUGCACACAAAUCAGGUGAAUCACAUCUUCAGUUAGCUAUGAGGCAAGAUUUGCCUACCAGCUAUUCACAGAUGGUGACUUCCUUUUCAAAACUGAUGAGAACAAAUGAAAAAAGUACAGAGGUUUGGUUGUGUGUGCUGCUGGCACAGGGCAUUUGCUCCUUGGGCCUUUUCCUGGGCCACUCCACUGAGAGGGGAAAAAAAGAACAUGGUGGUGGCCACUGCAUCUGAGGACCCCCACCAUGCCACUGUGUGCUCUGCUGCCAGCUGGGGCACACGGACCAUGGCAACACCACAGCAGGAAGAAGACACAGCUCUCUAGCCAAAAAAAGCACAGGUCAAAGUCUAGAAUGCAGGAGCAAAAUGCAGAGCUGACAUUGUUUGAGGCAAAGCUGGGGGUUAGGAGGGGAAAGCACAGCAAGCCCCACUCCAGGAAUCUCAAUAGUGUGAGGCAGCUCAUCCAGCACAGAUGUGGGGGAGAGCACUAACAUCCUGCUCUGGAAAGCAGCAGAACAGGCAAUGGCAGCUGUGGAAGGAGGAAGGAAGGAAAAUUCCCAGUUACAGGCAUACGGCAGGAAAGCCUGUCAGCUGUGAGAGCAGGAGAGAGCUUGACAGGAUGUCACAGGAGAGAGUACAAACAAAAUUACCACCUACCAAAAAGAUCAGAGAGCAUGAGAAUGUAGUGCUGAUCAGAUGGGCACUGGCCUACACACAUAUUUGAGCAACUUGCAUGAAGCUGGGGGAGUAGAAUAAAUAGAUUUGCAAAUCAGACUGUUCUAUACCCCUGCAUCUGACCUCCAUAACAGAGACCACCAUUUCCCUGCAGCAAUUCCAGCAACUUCUGUUUCUGCUAAACCAUAAACACAGCAACCAUCUACUGAAAUACUUGAGGUCAUCACAGUCCUGCUUCGUUCUUUGCUAAAAACUUAUUCUUCAUUAGGUACCUCUACAGUUACAACAGGAAAGAAACUGCUGUGGCCAUUUACUGUGGCAUUUACUGUACAGCAGUGCUGAGGCUGGAUGGAGAUGAUGAUAAGGAGCUGGAAAGGGGGGAAGGAGGGGUUGUGGGGAGCACAGUUCACAGUUUUGAUGACUUGAGAGUGAUCUUUUGAAGGACAGGAAAGGAAAAGGAGGAAGGAGGAGUUUCACGGAGAGCAAAGCAAAGACAGAGCUUGUGCUAAGCAGGAACAUGGCAAAAGAUGACACACAGUAUUUCAUAUCCAUGUUCUAGCAGCUGACAGCAUUCCUGCACACAAACAGCUUCUUCAGCUGAUCUCACUGAAUACUUUCGGCUGUAUUAAAAUAGUUGAGAUUGUAGAGCAGAAAACCCCAAGAGUCUUUAGCGAAGUAAGAUGGGGAAAACAUGCCCAGUAACACCUCAAGGUCAAGAGGGAAAAACUAACCUGAAAACAGAACACCUUCCAACAAACCCCUCUCUUAUGUCAGACAUUAGCUAUGGAUACCUCACGUCAUGCUCACAGCCACAAGCACAACACCAACCCCACUUCCUGCUCUCAUUUCCUGUAGGGGAGCAGGGGGCUUGGCUUCAUUGUGACAGAGCCAGAAACCUUAAGCUACUGAGUAAGCAGAAUGUGCUACACCAAGUACUUACUCCAAAAAAAUUUUCUUUUAGUAGUAUUUGGAGUACUUAAGAACUCCUGGCACUUUUCAGUCACUCUCCCAGUUCCCCCUAAGGAGGGAAGAACAUCUUUUGCCUGAUAGGCAAGUGCCAGGGAUCCCUGCCCAGGUCUUUUAAGCACUCUGGGGUGGCAGGGGCAUCUGUCAGUAGGGUCGAAAGGCUGGUACCAAAGCUCAGACCUCGAGGCAGAGGUGCUGUCAGCUGUACAGCUGUUGCCCCAUAUCCACCUGGAUGCAUUAGAGAAGAGGUAGAGGAGAAAAACCCAUGACUUUGGCCAGGGCAGACAUGGUAACAUGACACUUUGGGACAGUAACUUGGGGGACACCAACCCCUGCCCCCUCAUUCAGCUGCCAAGACACACCAGCACAGGGGUGAGCAGUAGCAGCAGCCAUGGCCUAGGCCCAUCAACUGCUCUUGGCUGCAGGAAAAGAACCAAGGGGAAAUGGGAGUCUGUGCAGCAGGAAUAAUAAUUUCAGCAGCCUCCAGGUAUUUCACAUCCAUUACAACUACCUCACAAAAACUCAACUGAAGAAGGAAAUACUUAAAUCCUGAACCUAAAAAAUAAAAGUAUGUAGAACUAGGAUCCACUUCUCAUUAAGCAAAUGUACACUGGCAGAUCCUGCACUUUCAGCCAAUGCUCUAAUGCUACAGGGAAUAAUAAAGAUAACAAUGGAUGGGACAGGGUAGAAAGCUAAGAAGCAAUUGGUAAGUACAGCACCAUUAACUCCCUGGUAUAUCUCUGCAACUUGACAAAUUUUAAGUUUUCAAGCCACCUAAAUAUUUUCUUUCAGAAUGAGAAAUUGCUUUUGUGCUUCAUUAUUUUGAAAGGUAACUUACAUGUGGCUUGGGGUUUUUGGUGACCCCAAACCCAGUCAGAUGUGUCAGACUGGGAGCAGUAACGAGGCUCAUUACUGUAACCAGGCUAAUUACUAUCCCCUUUUGGACACCUCAUGAGUUGGCCACAGGCUCUGCCUAACAUUUAAUAAUCUAAGUAUUUGAAUAGUUUUAGUAACUUAAAGCACACUUCUUCUGAAGCAUUAAAACUCACUCCAAAACCUUGAAUUUUGCUCAACUCCUAACAUUUAUCAUUAUUGAAUAAAAAAACAUAAACGUGUAUUUUUUGUAACAUCAGCUAUUUUGUAGUAUUACUUCAACUAUUAAAGGAAAGUUGUUAAGAAAUAAUCAAUCAUUCUAUCGAAACGCCUUUCCCGUUCCCGCAGUGCAGCUGCUGAUUCCUAAAGGGAA